GAAAAGGUUUUUAAGAUGUUAGAUGAGGUUGUUGAGAAGGUUGGAGAAGAAAAUGUUGUACAAGUUGUAACUGACAAUGCUUCUAAUUAUAAAUUGGCGGGACAAAUGUUAAUGGAUAAAAGAAAGGGCUUGUUUUGGACUCCUUGUGCCGCCCAUUGCAUAGAUUUGAUGUUAGAAGAUUUUGAGAAGGAAAUACAAGUUCAUCGUGUUACAAUUGGUAAAGGAAAAAAGAUUGUGGCAUACAUUUAUUCAAGAACCAAUCUUAUUCAUUGGAUGAAGGAGUUUACAAAAGACAUUGAACUUAUAAGGCCUGCGGUAACUCGGUUUGCUACCUCUUACUUGACAUUGAGACGUCUUCAUGAGCAAAAAGGUGCAUUGUUCUCUCUAUUUACAUCAAACAAGUGGAGGAAUAGUAGAUUUGCGAAGUCUGAAAA